AUGGUCGAGAAGUGUGUGGGGGAAUUCACUCUCGCAGUCUCCUUCAAGAACGUUGCGGAUAAUUUUGUAUGGGCCUUUGCAGGGGUUUAUGGCCCGAAUUCUGGGUUCGAUAGAAGACGUCUUUGGGAUGAGUUGGCUGGUUUGUGUAGUUGGUGGAGUCUGCCGUGGUGUAUAGGGGGAGACUUCAAUGUUACACGCUUUCCGAGUGAAAGAUCUGGUGACGUUCGUCUUUGCUCGGCUAUGAUUGAGUUUUCGGAUUUUAUUGCAGACCAAAGACUCGUAGAUCUCCCCCUAGCUGGAGGCACCUCUACUUGGUCGAUUGCUCAUGAUCCUCCCAUGUGGUCAAGGAUUGACCGCUUUCUAGUGUCACAUGAUUGGGAAGCCCGGUUUCCUUUGGUUUUGCAAAAGAGGCUUUCUCGCCUUAUUUCGGACCAUUUUCCGAUACUUCUGGAUUGCGGCGAUGUUUCUAGAGGGAGAAGGCCUUUUAAGUUUGAAAACAUGUGGCUCAAGGAAGAAGGGUUCGUGGGUUUGGUGAAACAGUGGUGGGAUUCUUACUUGUUCCAAGGUUCGUCUAGCUUUGUUCUAGCGUGUAAGCUGAAGGCUUUGAAGCAGGAUUUGAAGAAAUGGAACGAUGAGGUGUUUGGCAACAUAGAGCAAAACAAGAGGAAGCUGACUGAAGGUAUUCAGGCUUUCGAUGCUAUUGAAGAAAGAAGGGCAUUAGGGGAAGAGGAGAUCUUGAGAAAGGCUGAGACUGUCAGGGAGCUAGAGAAGUGUUCUCUUUUGGAGGAGGCGAGUUGGAGGCAGAAAUCUAAGAUGCUGUGGUUAAAGGAAGGGGUUAAGUGCACUAAAUUCUUCCAUUCUAUAGCCAAUUCCAAUAGAAGGUACAAUUCUUUGAACUCCUUAGUGAUAGGGGACUCUCUAUCCUCUGAUCAGUCAGAAAUCGGUGUGCACAUCGUCAAGUUCUAUAAGAAGCUGUUUACGGAGCAGUGCAGGUGGAGGCCGUCGGUUGAGGGUAUCUCCUUUGAUUCUAUUCUAGAGUCUGAGGCCAGUUGGAUGGAGAGAGCUUUUGAUGAGGAGGAGGUCAGGAAUGUAGUUUCAGCAAUGGAAGAAGAUAAGGCGCCAGGUCCUGAUGGCUUUUCUAUGGCCUUCUUCAAAGGGUGUUGGGAUGUUUUGAGGGGGGACAUUAUGAAGGUGUUUCGGGAGUUUUUUAUCGGGGGUUCUUUUGAAAAGAGCCUCAAUACUUCGUUCAUUUCUCUUAUCCCGAAGAUUCCAGGUGCUAACGAUUUAAAAGACUUUUGA